CUUCGUUGAACAACCUCGAUAUUCAAAACUUAACCAAUCAAGAAGUCGAACUGAGUUUUGUGCGUGUUAAGCACCAUAGAUCACUCUGUCAUUAUUUGGACACGUAGUCAAUCGCAUCCAACUCGUAUCCGGUACUAUGUCUGAUUCGGAGGACGAAGCAUCUCUAUCUCUUGAUGCAGUCUUCACAGAACCACCUAGGCCACCGACACCUGAGCCUACCAUCGCAACUUACACUCGCACGAUUCAUCCGCAGGGUGACGAUUGGUCUAAAAUAAACAUCAGAUUAGUAGGAUCCCAUCCACUCUGGGGACAUCACCUGUGGAAUGCUUCUCGUGCUUUUGCUACUUUUUUAGAGACCCAUCGUGCUCUCUAUGCCCACCGUUCCGUUCUGGAACUCGGAGCUGGGGGAGGUUUGCCUGGAAUUGUUGCUGCUCUGAACGGCGCUGCGAAUGUCAUUCUUACCGAUUAUCCAGACGCGGCUCUUCUGGAAAACCUGCAUUACAACGUUUCUCAGAAUGUUCCUGACGUUGCGAAGGAACGCAUCCAUGUUGAAGGGUACAUUUGGGGACAUAACGUAGCACCUCUGUUCAAAAUCCAGUCACAAAACGCCCCAACGCCUGGGUUUGAUUUGAUCAUUAUGUCAGAUCUCGUAUUCAAUCAUUCACAGCAUGAUGCAUUGUUGAAAACAGCAGAAGAUGCCUUGGCGCGGCCCAUUUCGACGGGUCAUGAAUCCACGGAAUCUUUUCCAGAUCCAUGCGUGCUGGUAUUUUACACCCAUCAUCGCCCACAUCUUGCCCACCGCGACAUGGAGUUCUUCGAGAAAGCAACGAAAAGGGGUUGGAUAUGCCAAGAAAUCCUUACGCAGAAGUUCCCGCUUAUGUUUCCUGACGACUCUGGGGAUGAAGAAGUACGGUCAACUGUUCAUGGGUGGAAGCUGAUGCGACCCGUGUAAUGCUACCUGAGUUGUCUGACCUGCUUGCGAGGAGGGCACGUUGGCAAGGUUCAACGACGCUAUUGAGCAAGGUGCUAUUAAUGACGUAAACCAUAGCCUUUCCGUAGCACUUUGUUGCUUCGCAGCCGACAAGCUUGGAGGCCACAAGACAAAAGUUGGAGUUUAGUACGGUAUGGACGGUCGUCGUAUAGAACUAGCACUUUAAAGAGCACGGGGCCAGUAGUUCGACAAGGUCCGAGCACAUUUCUAACAAUGCGCUCAACUUCCAGCUAUAUGCUUGGUAUCUUCGUUAUAAGCCAACCAUCCUGUAUUCCUGUGGGUCUGAUUAAUCGCGUCGCGUCGUCUUAAUUAGAGCGUGACAGACG